GUCUCAGCCGCGCCCCGCGGGGACCAGGUGUCCCGCGCGUGCCAAGAUGCAGCGGCGGCUCUGGCUGCUCCUCGCGGCGCAGCUCGCAGCUCUCCGCGGCAGCUCGAUGCUCCAACAGACCCCUGCACCCACGAGGGUCCAGACCAACCACACGGUAACACUGUCCUGCGAAACCAAAACCUCUGCCACCAGCACCCGUGUCUACUGGCUGAGACUGCGCCAGGCCCCAAGCGCCGACAGCCACUACGAGCUCCUGGCCUUCUGGGAUCCCGUGAAGAAGGUGGUGUACGGCGAGGGCUGGGGCCAGGAGAAGCUGACCGUGUCCGCAGAGGCAUCUCGGUCCACCCUCAAGCUCACAAAGGUGGAGGCUUCUGACAGUGGCACUUACCGCUGCCUGACCGUCGGGUCGCCUGAGCUGACCUUCGGGAAGGGAACUCAGCUGAGUGUGGUUGAUGUCCUUCCCACCACUGCCCAGCCCACCAAGAAGACCACCCCCAAGAAGAAAGCGUGCCGGUUCCCCAGCCUACCAGCCCAGAAGGGUUUCCCCUGCAGCCCCCUCACCCUCGGCCUGCUGGGGGGCGGCAUCCUGGUCCUGCUGCUGUCCCUGGGCGUCGCCAUCCACCUGCACUGCCUGCAGAGGAAAGCCCGACUUCGCAUCAUGAAACAGAUUCCAGUGAUUCAAUUAAAAUUAAAGCAGUUAUCUUAGGUUUUACAAAUGAGCAGAGAAUGUGAUUUUGAUGUCCUGCUCCAAAAAUACAUCGGUCUCAGUAACGAGCAAGAUCUGGAAAAGUGAGAGAGAAGGGACACACUCAACCACGGAGUCUUCACUGACCUGUCGAAGCUGCCUGCUUUUACCUGCUGCAGGUUCUUUCUGUGGGCCUCACGCGUGGGGGCAACUUGUUAACUGGUUAUCGGGAAACUUGGAGAGAAGAUUUCAGAGCCCCAAAGUGCUGUCUGCAACUCACAGCAGAGCUGAAGGAUUGACUGGGGAAUGCCACCCAUGACACAGUUUCCAGUUCCUAUCCUUGCCGGUGCUGGGCCAGGACCUUUAGUGGUGGCUGUCCAGCCACCUUCUUUGCAAAUCACUUUGUCCUGGCAGAACAGUGGCCUUGGGCCCUGGGGUCUCCCAUGGAAGGUACAGGGAUGGCUCCCCCUUGGUCUUCUCAGGCUGGGGCUGUCCAUCCUCACAGAGAGCCCCAGAGGCCAGCCCCACUUUCAAAAGGAGACUUCCUGAGAGGGGCAGACCUGGCAGCCCUUUUGUUCUCUGAGGACCUCCUUGGGAGCUGGGGACUUGUGGGGUUGGGAGAGAACCACUUCAUCUCCCGUUAGGAAGUUUUCCCCUUUCAUCUCUGCUUUCCCACAGCUUAUAUAUGUGUUCUUUCAUUUUUUGUUGUCUUAAUGAAAAAAAUGUCUUAGCCAUAAAAAUAAAGUCCUGAGCAAAAUAU